AUGGCACCGCCACGCCCCUCAUCACCAACCUCACUCCUCUGGGCCCACCAACUGAAACGCGAAAACGGCCACCUCCUCAAACGCAUGCAGGAUCUCGAAAAUUCACACCAAACCCACGCCGACCGCAUCAAGAGCGCCGAAACAGCGGCAAAAUCCAUUGCCAGUGGCGAAAUCACCUCCCUCACGCAGCAGGUGAAAACCCUCCAGGACAAGGAUUCUGGCCUAGAGAAACGUGUCGACGCCAUGGAGCAGACCUUCACCAACAAGAUCGACAACGUUGAAGCAGACUCCGAAGCCCUGACCAUCCAACUCGCCUCCAUCCAGCGCGCCGACCGCGUGGCGGACGUCGAGCGCGAGCAGACUCUGCAAAAGGACAAGGCUCUCCUCCGCCGAAUCGCCGAAGUGGAGGAGGGGUUGCGCAAGUAUGAGAAAGGUCUCGAAGCCGUCGGGAGGAAGGUCAAUCAUGAACAGGUGAGUCUGAUUAAGGAGCAGUUGGUGGGGUUGACGAAGCGGGUCGAGAGUGAGGGGAGUGGGAUGAGGUUGUUGGAGGAGAGUUUGGGAAAGAUGCAGCGGGUGGUAGGGGAUCUGAGGAAGGCGGUCGAGGGGUUGGAGACGAAGGCUGCGGAGAAGAGGGAUAGUGCGAGGCCCACGACUGCUACUCAGGACGAUGUGGAGGAGGAGGAGGAUGGUGCUGCGCCUGCACCUGCGCCUGCCGCCAGUGUCAAAACCAAGUCACAUCGCUGGUCUGGUGGUGGUGCGGAUCGGGAUAUUGUCCAGACGGGCAUCUCGCAGUUCGGCCUCCCAAAAGCUUUAGCAGCACCGAAGAAGGAAGCCGCUCCUGCGAGGAAGGCGCGAGCACCACCCAAGAAGCCGAAGAAGAAAGGCCCCGUGCCCAAAGCUCCGCUCACGCCGGGUGUCCGUAAAUCGCACAAGUGGGGUGGUGGAGGCGCGGAUCGGGAUAUUGUGGCGAUUGGGGAGUCUGAGAGUCUUGGACGAGGCAAGCGCCAACGCUCGUCUGAUGUGAGUGUGCCGCCGCCGAGCAAGAAAGCGAAGCAGGAGGUGGGUGGGAAGGCCGUUGUCAGGUCUGGGAGGGGAUGGUAUGAGGUCGUUCAGAGUUCGAGUCCGGAGGCUGAGGAAGACGGAUCAAGGAAGCUUCCAGCUCAGGCUGAGGCCGGGACGCAGACGACCGGUGCCAAACGACGCAGCCUCUUUCCAACGCUCCGAGGGGACGAAGCGGACCUAAUCGUGGAAGGAGGCGGAACCAGGCAGACGAGGGGCCAGAGGCAGACCCAGAUGGCGGUCAAGGUGGAGGACGAAGACGAACCUAAGCAGAAGGCUGUAUCUGACACGGGACUCGGUAGACGCGCGAGGGCACAAGUGUUCAGCUCAUCUGGCAACUAUGGGCAGGUCGUUGGGAGGAGUAGGAAGAGUGAUCCGGGAGUGAGCAGGCCGCAGCCGAGAAGGACGAUUCCGCAAGAUGAUUGA